AUGAAUGGCACAUAUCUAAUACUAUUUGUCUUUAAAUUGCAAUUGUUCAUAUUAACAUUAGCAUUAGUAUUUAAAGAAACAGUUGAAAUUUUUGUUGAAGCCUAUUUUAUUAUUAAAGAAUUUGAAACUCCUAAUAAUGAUUUAUUAAAUAACUGGAAUAUUUAUUGCGGUUUAGAAGAGGAAUUAGAUGAUAAUUUAGAUUUAAAUCAAUAUUGGAAAGAAAAAUCAAGAGAAUUACCUCACCUUUCAAAAAUUGCAUUGUCAUAUAUAUGGUUGUCUGUUUCCGGUAUAGAUGUAGAACCACCUGUUAGAGAUUAUCUUUCAUCAGUUGAUGAUGAUGGAGGUAAAAUAUGCAAACUAUGCAAACAAGAAUUUGGUAGUCUGACUGCGAUAUCAACCAUUAAUCAGCAUUUUCAAAAUUUUCACCUUGCAGAGUUUACUAAAAUCAAGCAACUUAGAUCUCGACGACUUGACCCUUAUGACCCAAACGACAAAUAUAAACUUUUAGGAAUCACGACUGACAAUGCUGCCAAUAUGCUAGCGAUGGGGCAUAUUCUAAGAGAAAACAUUAGUAAUGAAUUUGGUAAUCAAACUGUGCAGCAUUUUCGAUGUGGUGCACACGUUCUCAAUAUUGUUGUCGAAGAAGGAAUAAAAUUAAUUAGUAUAGAAAUUUCUAAGGCACAGGAGUUUUUCAUGAAGCUUCGAAACUCUCCAUCACUUAUUCAUGAAUUAAAAAAAAUUUUGAAAUGA